CCGGAAAUAGAAUCACUGCAACAUCCGGUUUUGUGUACUCUCCGCCUGUACAAUGAAAUGCUAACGGCCCAUUGGUGCUUCCAAGCCUCUUUUUUAUUAUAGAAUAAAACUUAACAAAAAUGUCGCUUUCUACUGCACGCACCUUCCUAUCAGAGGCUUGUUAUGGCGAACAAGAACUCGACGCUAAUUCCGCUCUCAUGGAGCUGGACAAAGGGCUGCGGUCGACAAAGCUGGGAGAGCAGUGUGAGGCUGUGGUGCUUUUUCCUAAACUCUUCCAGAAAUACCCUUUUCCCAUCCUCAUCAACUCUGCAUUUCUGAAGCUGGCAGACAUCUUCAGACUCGGGAACAAUUUUCUGCGUCUCUGUGUGCUGAAAGUGACUCAACAGAGCGAGAAACAUCUUGAAAAGAUCCUCAAUGUGGACGAAUUUGUCAAAAGGGUGUUUUCAGUCAUCCACAGCAACGACCCUGUGGCCCGAGCCAUCACUCUGAGGAUGCUCGGUAGUUUGGCCUCCAUCAUCCCGGACAGGAAGAAUGCCCACCACAGUAUUCGCCAAAGUCUGGACUCCCAUGACAAUGUAGAAGUGGAGGCUGCCAUAUAUGCUGCUGCAAGCUUCUCAGCACAGUCAAAAGACUUUGCAGCGGGGAUUUGCAACAAAGUCAGUGAGAUGAUUCAAGCUUUAGACACCCCGGUGGACCUGAAGCUGAAGCUGAUCCCGAUGCUGCAGCACAUGCAUCACGACGCCAGCCUGGCCUCCAGCAGCAGAGAGCUGCUGCAGCACCUGGUCAGCUCCUACCCCUCCACCCCCAUGGUCAUCGUCACCCUGCACACCUUCACCCAGCUCGCUGCCUCCUCCCUCAUCGAUAUCCCAAAGCAGUUGCAGCUCCUCCUUCAGUACCUUAAAGACGACCCACGAAAAGCUGUGAAGAGACUCGCGACUAAUGAUCUGAAGCUCCUGGCUAAAAAGGCUCCUCACCUUUGGAUCAGAGAGAACACUCAGACGCUGUGUGAGUGUGCCUUGAGCAGCCCUUACAACAGCCUGAAGCUGGGGAUGCUGGCCGUCCUCUCCACCCUCUCUGGAACCAUCGCACUCAAGCAGUACUUUCACAAUAUGACAGGCUCUUCGGUUCCCCCCCGGCUCACAGACCUGGUUAAACUGGCACAAGAAUGCUGUUACCAUAGCAACCUGGCAGUGGCUGCUCAUGGGAUCGUAGUGCUCUCGAACAUCGCUAUUUCCUGUCCAGAAAAAGAUAUAAUACAGCUGGAGCAGGAAACCGUUUUGGGAGUCGAAUCCCUUCUGAUGCUCUGCAGUCAGGACAGCAGCUCCAGCGCACAGGCCACACUCAAAACCACCCUCACCUCAUUGGUCAAACUGCUGAAAGGUCGACCUCAUCUCAGCCAAUCAGCGGUGGAGUUCCUGCUCGGUCAGCUCCACUUGUCCUGCGACUCCUCUCGUGUCCUCAUGUGCCACGCUCUGGCCGCCAUCGCCACCCACCUGCCCGUGCUGGGCGACGGGAUGCUGGGGGACCUGGUGGACCUCUACAGGGUGGCCAGCCACUCCUCCACUGACAAGCAGCAAGAGCUUCUGGUUUCCUUGGCAACAGUGAUUUUUGUUGCCAGCCAGUCGUCUCUGUCAGCCGAAGUGAAGACGGUCAUCAAACAGCAGCUAGAGAAUGUAGCAAACGGCUGGACGGUGUACCGCAUCGCACGACAAGCCUCACGCAUGGGAUGCCACGAGUUCUCCAGCGAGCUGUACCAGAGUAUGCGCACCCGAGUGGCGUCGGAGCACUUCUACUUCUGGCUGAACAGCCUGAAGGAGUUCUCCCAGGCAGAGCAGUGUCUGAGUCACGUGGAGGACGGAGACUACAGUGGAGCCAUGACCGCCAUCGCUGAGGCGCUGCGCUCCUACCAGAAGGGCAUCGCUUCUCUCACAGCCGCCAGCACUCCUCUGAGCCCGCUCUCUUUCCAGUGUGAGUUCAUCAAGCUGCGCAUCGACACCCUGCAGGCCCUGUCGCAGCUCAUCUGCACCUGUAACAGCCUGAAGACCAGCCCCCCCCCCGCCAUCGCCACCACCAUCGCCCUGGCCUCAGGCAACGACCUGCAGCGCUGCGGCCGCAUCGCCAUGCAGAUGAAGGUUUGCAUGGAUGAGUUCAGAAGUCUCGCAGCUCGAUACGCUGAUUUGCACCAGUCGUCGUUUGACGCUGAUUAUGCCACCCUGCGUAACGUGGAGCUACAACAACAGAGCUGUUUGCUUGUCUCUCACGUUAUAGAGGCUCUGAUACUGGACCCUCAGGCAGCAAGCUUUCAGGAGUACGGCACCCUGGGCUCGGUUCAGACGGAGAGUGAAUAUGAGCGCCGGAUGAUGUCGGUCUUCAGUCGAGUGUUGGAGGAAGUGGAGGGUCUCACCAAGAAACACCCUCCUGUCUCACACCUGCAUACAGGUUGCCUCUGUGACGCCGUCAUAGCUUUGCUCAAAGUCCCGCUGUCUUUCCAGAGGUAUUUCUUCCAAAAGCUCCAGUCAACAAGCAUUAAGCUCGCCUUGUCUCCGUCCCCGCGGACGCCCAGCGAGCCGAUCCCGGUGCAGAGCAGCCAGCAGCUGACUCUGAAGGUGGAGGGCGUCGUGCAGCACGGCUCCACACCCGGACUCUUCAGGAAGAUCCAGUCCGUCAGCCUCAAUGUCACUUCAGUCCUGCAGAGCAAGACGGGAACCGACCUCAAGAUUCCACUCGACAGUAAAACCAAUGAGAUCGAGCAGCGUGUUGAACCCCACAACGACUACUUCAGCACUCAGUUCCUGCUGAACUUCUCCGUGUUGGGCACCCACACCGUCACUGUGGAGGCCUCGGUGGUGGACGAGAGUGGCAUUGAGUGGAAGACGGGGCCCAGGACCACGGUGUCGGUCAAAUCUCUGGAGGAUCCGUACUCUCAGCAGCUCCGCCAUCAGCUGCAGCAGAAUGCCGCUCAGCCUGCUCCACAGAGGAGUGCAUACGCUCGCUUCUAGCCAAUAUCCUCAGUGCUUCACCGUCAAAAACAGGUUAAGCUUGUGUACUUGACCUUGUAGAAACUGAGUUUGUACAUAUUGUUCUUCAACGAUUAAAAGAUCAGAUUUAAUUUUCA